CGGAAGCGGAAGCGCGGCGGGGUUGAGCCGGGGCCGGAGCCGGCGGCGGGCAGAUGGCGGAGUGCGGGCCGCAGCCCCCCGGGGGUGGGAGCGGGAGCGGGGCUGCGGGGGCGCCCAGCCGGCACGAGAAGAGCCUGGGGCUGCUCACCACCAAGUUCGUGUCGCUGCUGCAGGAGGCCAAGGACGGCGUGCUCGACCUCAAGCUGGCUGCAGAUACCUUGGCUGUGCGUCAGAAGCGACGGAUCUACGAUAUCACAAAUGUCCUGGAAGGCAUCGGGUUGAUAGAGAAGAAAUCCAAGAACAGUAUCCAGUGGAAAGGUGUGGGUCCUGGCUGCAACACACGUGAAAUAGCUCACAAACUUAUUGAGCUGAAGGCAGAUAUAGAGGACCUGGAGCAGCGGGAACAGGAGCUGGAGCAGCAGAAGAUGUGGGUUCAGCAGAGCAUCAAAAAUGUGACAGAAGACGUGCAGAACAGUCGAUUAGCAUAUGUGACACAUGAAGAUAUCUGCAAGUGCUUCACAGGAGACACCCUCCUUGCAAUUCGAGCCCCAUCAGGUACACGUCUGGAGGUUCCCAUCCCCGAGGGCCUAAAUGGUCAGAAGAAAUACCAGAUCCAUCUGAAGAGCACAAGUGGUCCCAUUGAUGUUCUCUUAGUAAACAAAGAUGCUUGGAGCUCUCCUCCUGUCGUACUACCUGUCCCUCCCCCUGAAGACCUCAUUCAGUGCCAGGCAGUUGCACCCUCAAAACCGCAGAUACCACCACUCGCCCACUUCCAGGAGGCAUCAGUUCCCAGCAGCACCCAGCCCUCUACGCCAACACCCAGCAGCACACAGGACCACAGCCCUCCCGCGCAGAAAGCCCCGAGCACAGAAUGCGGCGUCUCCACGGCAGAGUCCAAGAGCAGCAGUGACUUUGACCCCCUCAGCAACGCGUCGGCGUCAGCUGGGUUAGAUACCCAACCACUCCAGUCCUCUGCAUCGCUGGACAGCAGCUCCGUCCUACCCAGCCCCUCUACCUCCUUCGAGCCCAUCAAGCCAGAUCCCACAGGAAUACUGGAACUUCCCAAAGAGCUGUCAGAAAUGUUUGAUCCAACGAGAGAAUGCAUGAACUCUGAGCUGCUGGAAGAGCUGAUGUCAUCCGAAGUGUUUGCUCCCUUGCUCCGCCUCUCCCCUCCACCUGGAGAUCACGACUACAUUUAUAACCUGGAUGAGAGCGAAGGCGUCUGUGACCUCUUUGACGUGCCUAUCCUCAACCUCUGACUUCUCAGUGCGGCUGUGAGCCUCGUGAACACAGACCGUUUUGUAACUCUUUGGAAAGUGUCUAUUUUUGGAUUCCUUUUGUGCUAGAGCUCAAUGAGUGAGCAAUUCAGAGAUGCUCUCAUAUGGACUCAGAACCAAGAGAUGUGGACAAUACAGGCUGGGAGCCUCCCCGUAGCUUCUUCUUCUGUUGCACGUGCAACUCGCUCUGCUGCAUCUCUCUCUCCACUGGAUCCAGGGCCUCAAUUCAAGGGGUCUUGUGUUUUGAGUGUUCCCAGUUCACCCGUAGAGUUUGCCCAUGUGCCUCUCUGAGCUUCUUCAAAUCUGCAUGCCUUGGUUUUUCCUGCACUCCUAGAGGCACUUUGCACCUCCUAGGUACCAGCUGCUACAAGGAGCCCUAAUAUUGUGGUCAGUUCACAAGCCCGGCGGUAGUUAGCUAGAUUUUCUCAAUGUGAGCAGUUCAGAUUGGUGUGUUUAUAUUUCUGAAAGACAACGAGGAGAGGAGAAAAGAAAAAUGGCACCAAAGUGUCCAUUUCUGCCAGUGACUCCAGACCAAGUUAGUAUGUUUUACAAGAAAAAGCACUUUUUCUAGCCAGCUGUGCCUCCUAGUGGGACUCGGGAGCUGAGCAUCCCUAGUAGGACCCAGGAGCUGAGUGUUCACCUGAGUGUGCACCAGCAGCGAUGCUGGCUUGGCAUUCACCAGUCUGCUGAUACACGAGCCCAGGUGCUCCAGCUCCUUGUACAGCAGCUGUGCUGUUUCUACAGGGCUGAAGAAUAGGUGCCAGUAUGGUUUUUUGGGGUCUUUAUGUUGUUUUAUUUUCCUGAGUGAGGAAAUGUUUGAAAAGACUGCUGCAGCUGGUGCCUGUAAGGUACUCCAGGUACAUCAGAGCCUGCUCAUAUUUGUGAAUAGCUGUCUUCUCCAGCCAUUGCACUUGAACCUUCAGCUCUCUAAAAGGCAACCAAGCAGUAACAACUCAGUAGUACUUUCUGUGACAAGUUACAUAGGUGUUGUCAAAGUAGUGCUUUCUCCCCCUCCCCUGCCUUUUUCUCUCUUAGGGUCUGCUCAGGAUCAGGCUUUCUGUAUAUUUGAAUUUGCUCCUCUGGUGUCCAUACCCACACUCCCAGUUCCUGAUCCUGUGGCAGGUCGCUACCUAGUGUGAUGCUUUCUCUGCAUCAUUUGUUCGCAAGAUUUUCUUCGCUGCUUUGUAAUGGAAGGUCUGCUGUCGGGUUUAUGAUGAUCAAGUGUUAGCAGUCUUCGAUUCUGGAGUAAAAUGCCCUGAUGGGUUUGUGUUGUACUUUGCAAGCCCCAACGUGGGUUUUUGGUCAGAUCCUGUAUUUGUGUGUCUUCAGUUUUGCACAUCUUCCUGCUGACGUGGUGAGAGCGGCCGUCCUGCCUCCCCUGCUCCGCAAACUGCCGAAGAGAGGGCCAGGCCAGGAGCACGGCUGGCUGUGCAGCCGUCCACGUCACCAGCGGGUGUUUAACGUCUCAACUUUAGCCGCUCGCUGCCUGUGAACCACACAACCAGCUGGAGCACCAGGACUAAGGGAUGUAAAGUCACCAGUUCUUGGAACCUUGCAGAGGUGAAGAGUAUGUGCUUGAGACCUACGUCCCCGAGGUGGCUCCUUGGGCCAUCCUGCUCUGUGUGGGACUCUUCCAGAAGAGCCAUUCCUGUCUGCGGCCCUAAAGCACCAGCGUCCUCUGUGGGAAAAGCGUGAAGAAUUCAGGAGGAACAACAGGACGUUGUCUGUUUCUGGUGCUGGCGAGACAGCCGUGGCAUGGGACCCUGCCAGGGUGAACUGCCAGCCUGCACGCAGCCGGUCCCAAAAUGUCCCCCCUUCGCAUGGAAGCUGACCCAAAGCCCUCAGUCCUGCGUGCAUUAGGUGGGCUCCCUGGCUUUGGUGUAGCUCAAGCUCUUUGUGUACUGCCUGGCCCUUGCCCUCCUUCCAAGUAUUUGUGUUCGCCACCAGUUAGUUAAUCUUCGGAAAAGGAUACCUAGAGAAAAAUUUACAGUUGCAAAUGAACUUUUGAUUCAUAUAUAAAGAUUAUUUUUAUACUUUUUUUGCAAAAAGAGAAAAUUGCCUGUAAUAUUUGUACAGUGUUCUCUGUCAUGAAUAAACAAAAAACCUUUCCAGUUUCCCACCCUU